CACGAGAAGCCAGGAAAAAGACACAAGCCCAGCUUUGCGCUGUCUCCACCAACGGACUGGGGCAACCUGGCCUACUGCAUCGUUCUGCAGAUCUUCCAGCACUUGUCCCUGUUGGACCGGGCUCGAGCCUCAUCCGUGUGCCGGUGCUGGAACGACGUGUUUCACACGCCCGACCUGUGGCGACGGUUCGAGUUUGAGCUCAAUCAGCCAGCCACUUCUUACCUGCGCUCCACUCACCCCGACCUCAUUCAGCAGAUCAUCAAGAAGCACGCCCAACACCUGCAGUAUGUUAGCUUCAAAGUCGACAGUAGCACAGAGUCUGCAGAGGCGGCCUGCGACAUUCUCUCUCAGCUGGUGAACUGCACCAUCCAAACCUUAGGGUUGAUUUCCACAGCGCGGCYCAGCUUCAUGGAUGUGUCUCAGGCCCACUUUGUCUCUGCUCYGACAGUCGUGUUUGUGAACUCCAAGUCCCUGUCGUCCAUCAAGAUCGAUGACACCCCGGUGGAUGACCCAUCUCUGAAGGUGUUGGUGGCCAACAACAGCGACACCCUGAAGCUUCUGAAGAUGAGCAGCUGUCCUCAUGUCUCCCCAGCAGGUUGUUAUAUGACUAUAYGACUAUAG